CGUAGUUUUCACUAAUAGACCUAGGUAGAACGCUGUGGACCUGUGGAACGUGUGACGCCUAAAGUCAGAAUUGGCCGGUAUUGUAGGCCUUGUAGGCUGUAGUCUGUGAAGGAACAUCAAACUCUCGUUCCGUAGAUCCUGUUUUGAGAAAACACAGGAGUAGGGAAUUUUUCCUGGACAAGGACAAAGAGAAACAUGGUUUACUGUUACGUGAAUGCUCUAUUUGUAUCGUUUAUUGUCCUGUCCUCGCUACAUGGCGUUAAAAGCAUGAAGUGUGAUUUUGACCAUGAGCCGUCACUGCUGGACAAGAUUAAUAUUGUGGACAUAAAGACUUGCCCUACUUUGUUUGACAAUCCAGACAACAAAUAUUGCUGUGUGGAUAAUGGUCGAGUUUACUGCUGUAGCAGUGCACAGUUUAUUUCCACUAGUAUUUCAGGUCUCUUGCCUAUAUUGAUCGCAGUUGCUGUCGGGUUUUUGGUUGCUUGCUGCUUGUGUUGCUUUUGUUGCCCUUGCUGUCUGCUAUACAAAAGGCGGCACCGUGGAACUGUUUACGGCACUGUCCUUCAACCAGGAGUGCAGACUGUUGUGGCUACUCCACAGACAGUUCAACAGCAAGCACCUGUAUAUCCACCCCAGCCCACACAAAUGGCAGGUUACUCACAAACAGCAGCCUAUCCAUUGUACUCAGCACAAACAGGUCAGCAGCCACCACCAUACAGUGAAGCUACAGCUGGUGAAGUGUAUUCUAAACAGGCUCCUUAUAAUCCUCACUUCCAGUAAAUUGUGUGUUCAGAACUUCAGUGUAUCACCAUUUUCUAUGUCCUAUUUUUAGAUGGCUGCUGUUGCAUUUAUUUUGUGUAAUGCUUGCUUAUUUUAGUUUUAGUGCUCACAAAUACAAAAACAUUGUCUGUUGAGAUUUUUCAUAUUUUUUAGUAUCUUCCUUUCAUCUGCAUUACAUCAUUUUUUACAUUUAGUGGAAAUAUAUGUCUCUCAAGUUCCUGUGAUUAGUUGCAGCCUUACCACCUCUUUAUUGUAUAGAUAUGAAUGUGGUGGCUAUUACAUGCAUCUAAAAUGUGUUGAUAUGUGAGAAGCAGAAAUUUAUAUUUCAAUGGAACAUGAAUAAAGCUACAUUAAAAAGAAAAAA